AACCUAGAAAAAUGUUUACCUCUCACUGUGAUAUUUUCUAAACCGAAAAUCUUUAAAUUCAUAUUAAAUAAAAAGUAAACAUGUGCGAUGAAAAGACUUGCCAAAAGACUUCCGAUCGUCGCUUUGAACAUAGGAAGAGCAAUGAACCCAGCUCUGGAAUGACUGAUUCAUGUAAUAAAUGUUGCACUUUAAAUUGGGUUGAUGUCACUGAGGAAUUCUUUAAAGCUACUGAAGAACUGCAACUUGGAGAAUUACUUCAUGAUGACAUGUUUGGGCUUUUUGAAGCCAUGUCAGCUAUAGAAAUGAUGGAUCCCAAAAUGGAUGCUGGGAUGAUGUGCAAUAGAGGGAGCAAAAAAGUUCUUAAUUUUGAUCAAGCUCUAAAGGCUGGGAAGUUGAAAAUCAGAGAUCUGACAGUUAAUGAACAAAUUGGAAUUAUUGAUGCCACGCUUGCAUGUUUAGUAACUUGGCUUGAAGGUCAUUCUUUGGCUCAAACGGUUUUUACAAACCUAUACCUUCAAAAGCCUCACCAAGUGGAGGAUAAAAUUAUCCAUGCAUUUAGCAUUCAUACAUUGAAACUAUUGGAUGUUAUUCGAGAAUUCGUAAAUAAAGCAGCUGUUUUUGAAGAGGAAGAUUUUCAGCCUGUAGUAUAUGGAUAUAAAUUAGCCAAUGAUGUUACAGAAGGCAAAGCUACUGCAAUGAUGAAAGAAGUGGAAGAAGAGUUGCUGAAAAAAGUAAAGCUCACAAGAUCAAGGCCUGGAGAGGAACAAGAGAUUGAGAUCCAAAUGCAGCAUGAAGAAGCUGUUGCUCUUUAUUCAAGAAUAAAAUUCUGCCGCCUUUUGUAUCAAGCUCUUCUCUUAUUUCUCAAAAAGAGGUGUUUUGCUGUGGAAGAAGUUGAUAGAUAUUUAGUGCAAUGCUGUGAAAUUAUUCAAGUUAUUGAACGAACAAUUCACUUGGGUAUCAGACCAGAUCCUAAAGCGGAAAGUAGUAACCGAGCUGACUAUCCUACUAUUUUGGGUUUUGAACCUUUAGUAAACCAGCGUCUGUUGCCCCCUACAUUUCCACGUUAUACAAAAAUAAAAACAAGAAAAGAAUCUACAGAAUAUCUUGCCUUACUUGUAUCUCGUUUGCGAAGUAUAUGCGGCAUUACUGAAUGUAUUGCAUUUCAUUCUGCUUUGGAUUUCUUAAAUGAAUUCAGUAAAACAUCACCAUGUGUUUUGUCACGUUCAGUUCUUGAUUUGCUGUAUUUAAGCGAGCCCGGUAAAGUUCUUGGAUCAAUGCACAUUGUUGAUGUGAUGAGAGAUGCUCUUCGUACAUUUAUAAAACCACCUUCCUUAGUGCCCAGAUCACCUUUAAUGAUGAAUCCUCAAGCAAAAGAAUAUGUCGAAACAUUCUUGAGCCAUUGUGUUCGUCCAUUCUGCACUCUGGUCCAGAUCUCCGGGCAUAACCGAGCCAGGCAACGAGACAAGCUUUCCCAUCUGUUGGAAGAGAUGGCUGCACUUCAAGAAGAGGCUGACAAGGUUGAUGCCUUUCUUCAUAAUCUUUCAGCAAAGACAGAAAACUCCAUGCCCCAUCUGGCUUGUUUCGGUACUUGGAUACUGUAUCACACUCUGAAAGUCAUGAUUCAGUAUCUACUUUCUGGAUUUGAGCUAGAAUUAUAUUCUAGUCAUGAAUAUGUGUAUAUUUUCUGGUAUUUACAUGAAUUUCUCUAUGGUUGGAUUGUGUCAUCAUUAUAUAGAGCUAAUACAUUUCUAGGAGAUUUUGACGAUCAAUACUAUUCUAAAGGCAGAAAUGCAAAACGAAAUAAAAAGAAAAAGAAGACACAAUUGCAUAAAAAAGAAAUUACUUUGUACCAAGCUUACCAAAAUUUAUGUGGGGGCUGUUAUAAGGCUGUCAGAGGAUUUAGCUUGGAUGGCAAACUUCGACGACCUUGCGUAGAGUUCGACAAUGAGAGAGUUCGAUAUGAGCACCGGUUUGCCCCUUUCAAUGCUGUUUUAACACCACCCCCAGUUCCUUAUUCCCAGUAUAAAGAAAUGACCAAUCUAAUGCAGUAUGGAGCAGAUGUCACGCCUGAAGAUCUGUAUUUAGAGUCAUGCAAAUGUUUUCAUCAUGCAAGAACUAGUCUUGAAACCAUUGCAGAUCCUAAUGAAGAGGUUCUAAACCUUUUGAAAGUUGCAAAGACAAAUUUUAUUGUUAUGAAGCUUGUUAUGAGUGGCCACAAGAAAGGUUCCAAGGACCCUCCAGAAUUUGAUUUCAUUACUCAUAAGAAUUUUCCCACCAUCAAAGUUAUUUGAAUGUACAAAUACUUUUGUAAAAAAUAAAUUUUAUUUAACGCA